CAGGUCGCACAACAUCCCGCAGCCAGCCCGGCCAGCCGCGCCCACCACCCUGGCGGCGAUCGGGUUGUCGCUUGAGGCGCUAGGAGCGUCGCUCGGUGCGCCAGGUCUGGACGCGCGGCGCCAGGAGGGGGCCGCAGGCCAGAGGCCCGAGGAGCUGAUGGAAAACUUCGCACUCAGCAGAGACGAGGUGGACCAGGCCGCCGAGGAGCACCUCGCGGAGGCCCGCGCCGAGGUGAUGGAGCCGGCCGCGGAGGGGGCGACCCGCGUGCUGAUCGCGGGCGCGGUCAGUCUGGGCCCUGGGGACGAGGUCCUCAUCACGGGGCCUGGCGGCAGUCCACAGGACAAGGUGGUCGUCGGCUCCGUCCAGGCCGGGGGCGCAUCGCUCGUGGUGGAGGCAACGGGCGCGAUCGAGGCGGGCGGCGGGGGCCUCCGGACGGUGGCGCUCGUGUCGCCCCUGCGGGGCUCGUUCCCGCUGGGCUCCAGCAUCGUCAGGCUCGCGCAGGUGGCCACUGGGGUGACUCGCCGCGGAGGAUCGGAGCAGAUGCCGCUGGGAGACGUGACCUCUGUCAACGUGCCCUCUGUGUCCGGGUCUGCGGUGAUCAACGUGAGUGUGGGUACCAAGUCCAUCCCAGGGCCCGCGCCGCCAGGCGGUGUGACCAAGGUCAGCGUCCCCUCUCUGCCGGCGGUCAUCCGUGUCAGUGGAACCGCACCUGCGCCGAUGCCUGGGCCCGCUGGCCCGCCAGGGCCGUCUGGUCCUGCAGGACCCGCCGGCCCGCCAGGGCCGCCAGGGCCGCCCGCAGCAGCGCCCAGCCCUGCCCCGCCGCCCAGCGCUGGAGCCCCACCGACGGCAGGGGUGGCAGGCCAUAUUGUGACCCGGCGCCGGUCGAACGUGAGCUGGGGGGACUCGGACGAGUGCUUGCCAGACAACGAGGCGAUAGGGGUCGGCCUGACAUGUUGCAACGCAUCCGCGCACACAGGCGGCCAUCGCCCAGGCUGCCGGUCGGAUCUGAGUUGGGCGGACGCGAAGUCCGCCUGCAUGAAGUUGGGCCUGGACCUCUGCGAGAAGGGGACCAUCUACUUCGAGGCCAAAAGCACCGAUUGUCCAGGUCUGGACGGGGUGGCCAUGUGGACAAGCGAGAGAUGCGUCGUGUCCCCGGAAACUUCAGGUUCACCCAGCCCGCCAGGGCCGCCCGCCGCGGCGCCCAGCCCUGCCCCGCCGCCCAGCGCUGGAGCCCCACCGACGGCAGGGGUGGCAGGCCAUAUUGUGACCCGGCGCCGGUCGAACGUGAGCUGGGGUGACUCGGACGAAUGCUUGCCAGACACCGAGGCGAUAGGGGUCGGCCUGACAUGUUGCAACGCAUCCGCGCACACAGGCGGCCAUCGCCCAGGCUGCCGGUCGGAUCUGAGUUGGGCGGACGCGAAGUCCGCCUGCAUGAAGUUGGGCCUGGACCUCUGCGAGAAGGAGACCAUCUACUUCGAGGCCAAAAGCACCGAUUGUCCAGGUCUGGACGGGGUGGCCAUGUGGACAAGCGAGAGAUGCGUCGUGUCCCCGGAAACUUCAGGUUCACCCAGCCCGCCAGGGCCGCCCGCCGCGGCGCCCAGCCCUGCCCCGCCGCCCAGCGCUGGAGCCCCACCGACGGCAGGGGUGGCAGGCCAUAUUGUGACCCGGCGCCGGUCGAACGUGAGCUGGGGUGACUCGGACGAGUGCUUGCCAGACACCGAGGCGAUAGGGGUCGGCCUGACAUGUUGCAACGCAUCCGCGCACACAGGCGGCCAUCGCCCAGGCUGCCGGUCGGAUCUGAGUUGGGCGGACGCGAAGUCCGCCUGCAUGAAGUUGGGCCUGGACCUCUGCGAGAAGGAGACCAUCUACUUCGAGGCCAAAAGCACCGAUUGUCCAGGUCUGGACGGGGUGGCCAUGUGGACAAGCGAGAGAUGCGUCGUGUCCCCGGAAACUUCAGGUUCACCCAGCCCGCCAGGGCCGCCCGCCGCGGCGCCCAGCCCUGCCCCGCCGCCCAGCGCUGGAGCCCCACCGACGGCAGGGGUGGCAGGCCAUAUUGUGACCCGGCGCCGGUCGAACGUGAGCUGGGGUGACUCGGACGAGUGCUUGCCAGACACCGAGGCGAUAGGGGUCGGCCUGACAUGUUGCAACGCAUCCGCGCACACAGGCGGCCAUCGCCCAGGCUGCCGGUCGGAUCUGAGUUGGGCGGACGCGAAGUCCGCCUGCAUGAAGUUGGGCCUGGACCUCUGCGAGAAGGAGACCAUCUACUUCGAGGCCAAAAGCACCGAUUGUCCAGGUCUUGACGGGGUGGCCAUGUGGACAAGCGAGAGAUGCGUCGUGUCCCCGGAAACUUCAGGUUCACCCAGCCCGCCAGGGCCGCCCGCCGCGGCGCCCAGCCCUGCCCCGCCUCCCAGCACGGGCGUGCCACUGGCGGCAGGGGUGGCGGGCCAUAUUGUGACCCAGCGCCGGUCGAACGAUAGCCGUGGGGACCCCGACGUGUGCGUGCCCGACUCGGGAGGCGCGGCAGGGAUCGGCCUGAUGUGUUGCAACAAAACAACCAUCGGCCAAGGCACACUGCUGCACUGCAGCCUGCGUGCACAGGCGGCCGACCAGUCCAACUUGAGCUGGGCGGACGCGAAGGCCGCCUGCGUCAAGCUGGGAAUGGCCCUGUGCCCGAAGGAGAACAUCUACUACGACGGAAAUAGCACCGAGUGUCCAGAGAUGGACGGGGUGGCCAUGUGGACCAGCGAGGAGUGCGUCCUGCCAGGUGGUGCCUUCGAGGACGCCGAGUCCCAAAUCGGCGUUUUCACGCGGCAGCGAUUGUAUUCAUUAUUCGGCAGGUCCCGGUGCACGGUCGCAAGGACCUGCGAUGGCGCGGGGUCCUGGUGGGUUGGCCCAGGGGGCGGGGGCAGCCGCCUCGGCAUGGACCAGUGGCCCGUGAGGGCCUUGGGCACGGGGCUCGUGGGCAUGUCUGGCAUUGACUACACAGGCCUUGUCAGCAACCAGACGCUCCUUGCAAAUUUCGAGGGCGCCGUGAAGCAGGGUAUCGCGGAGGAGGCUGGAAGUAGCGUGAGUGCCAACGAUAUCGACCUGAUUCUCUCCCAGGGCAGCUUGAUCGUAGAUUUCACCGUGCGGGUUCUGAGCGACGCCGAUCCAGGUGCGUUAGCCUCUACGCUGGCCGCCAGCCACGUGGCAGACACCGUGGCGGGCUUGCUUAAGCAGAGCAAAACGGCCGACCUCGCCUCCACAGGCGACAUCCUUGUUACUUUCACCGGCAUCACAGGUGUGAUUGGCCCGACUUCCGCUCCGAUGCCUGCACCGAUCAACGCCAGCGUGGACAGUCCUGGCAUUGGCCAUAUUGUGGUCCAGCGGGGGUCUAACUCCAGCAAGUGCUUGCCCGACUCGGGAAGCGGGGGCCUGACGUGUUGCAGUGCCUUCACUCGCACAACCAGUCGCCCGGGCUGCCGGUCCAACCUGAGCUGGGCGGACGGGAAGGUUGCCUGCAAGGAGGAGGGAAUGGACCUCUGCACCAAGGCGAGCAUCAACUACGUGGGGAAAAGCACCGACUGCGCGGAGCUCGACGGGGUGGACAUGUGGACCAGCGAGGAGUGCACACUGCCACGGCCUACCGUGCCGCCAGAGCCCGCGCACCCUGUCAUGCGCUGGGUCUGGUCGGGGGCAGGCCCGGCGCCUGCGGCUGCUCCGCCAGGGGGGUGGGUGUACGUGGCGCCGCACGAGCACAAGCAGCGAGUGGAGGAGCCCGAGGACACGGCAUUCUCGUACUACCAGUUCGAGCCUCUCCAGGUCCGCGGUAAAGGGCACGUCGUGGAGAUCGCCGAGCUCGUGAUCACGAACAACCACCACAAGAUCGACACGUCGAUGGCGAUCGUGAGCACCCCCUCGAGUCUCGCGCACCCCGGCUUCUCGAUGGAAACGUCGUUGCUCGUUGAUGGCAACAUCAGCUCGGUUUGGGGUGACGACGCGCUGGAGCCCAUCACCGUCCAGCUCCCCGGGCCCGCCAGCGCCGACGGCUUCGGCUUCGUCACGGGGAACGGGAGCUCCGACUACGAGCCUGUGAAGUGGAAGUUCAGGGGCUCCUUCGACGGGGUGAGGUGGACCACCCUGCACGCUCAGGAGGCCGACGACUACAUGCCCGACGCUAAGAGCCUGGAGCUCCGGAGUUUCGUCUUCGGAAACAUACAGGUCGGAUCGCCAGCAGCGGCGGACCCGAACUACAUCAAUCCGUCCGAGGUCGCUGGGAGCGCCGCCGAUGCUGCUGGCGCUGCGGGGGCUCACGCCACUGAGGCAGUGUCGGCGGCGACGGCCAGCGAGCAAGCCGCCUCCACACCUUCGGAGAGCUUGUUCAACGAGACUUGGCCCCCUGCCGACGACGAGGUCGUUGCCGAGGUCGUUGCCGAGUCCGCGUCGGCAGCGCGCCAGGCGGUGGUGGAGUCGGCGGAGCACAAGUUCGAGUCGCCGCGUCGUCGUCAGCGUCGGCGGAGACGGCCCGCCCGAUAUCGUCGACGGGCCGGGCGCCGACGCGGAGGCGACGAAACGCAGUGCCGAGGCAGAGCCAGGAGACCGCGGGGGAGGCUCAGCGGAGGAGGGACGAGGAGGGCUCGCCGGACGCUCCCUUGA